UGUGGGUCAGUCUGUGUUUGGUCUGGUGCUGGGCAGCUGCUUGUCGUGCUCCUUCUUGCGUGGUCCGAGGGGUCCGGGUGAUAAUAACAGUAACAUGGCACUCAGAGGAAAUGGAAGGCUUAUCACGCACAACUCGACCUACAUCCCACCUUCCCUAAUACCUGGAUACUGCGGCUAUGUUCCAAGUUCCAAGUACUUGUAUGGAGACACAUUCGGGAAUACCACCAUCAAAUACUUUCAGGACUUCCGAAGCGGGGCAAUGGCCUGCAGCAAGAGCCCGUACAGCCGCGGUGGGAUGUUUCCGUCCAUCUUCUCCAACAGCGGGCUCCUAGUGUCGGCCCAGCGGGCUCAGAGCCGCAACAUGACCCUCAACAGGCCCUACUGGCCCCGUUUCAAUGUGGACUUCGAACGCCAGGAGACGCUCAAGAGCUUCGGAGAGCUCUCUCAGAAACACCGGGAGAGCUAUAAGGACAAGACAGGAACACGACAGCCCGUCAAACACUUCGUCAUCCCAGUGAAAGAGAGCGACAAAUACUUCUGGAAGCAGAUAGACCAGCCCCCAAUGAAGACAACCUCAGAGGGGGUUCGUCGGUACCAGACCCUCCCGUCAGGCAUCCAAACGUCUCUGGAUGACCGCGUGAUGCGGGAUGUGUUCUUCGAGCGCAGAUAGCAACUGUGACCAACAGAGGGAGCUGUGGGCAAGGCUCAGAGAGUCAGAAGGACAAUAGGCCUACAUAAAGACCAGAGACAGAA